CGGCGCUCUGAGCUAGCGGUUUGCAGGGGCGUGUCUGGGGAGCCGACUUCACUUGAUAGUGUCCCCCUUCUUCCGCUGCAGCGGCCACUCGAAGCCCACGGGAGCUGGCGGCGGCAUGCCACCUCCACGCGCCGCCUUGGUGGCGCUAAUUUGGGCGUGCGGAAUGGCUGUGGUCCAAGGAACCGAGAGGGGAUUCCAACCUGCCGUGGCCACCACUUUGCCACCUCUGGGAGCUGCAGAGUUGAUGACAUCCCCCAGUAAGACUGCCUGGUCGUGGGGCUCCAACGCCAGCUUGCCCGGAUCGUCUACACCACCUCCCAAGGUUCCUCCAGGAGGGAGGUCCGGGCGCCCGCAGUCCUUUCCGCCGUGCGAAGGAACCAUCGAGAUCAAGGAGACUUUCAAAUACAUCAACACGGUGGUGUCCUGCCUGGUGUUCGUGUUGGGCAUCAUCGGGAACUCCACGCUGCUGAGAAUCAUCUACAAGAACAAGUGCAUGCGUAAUGGGCCUAAUAUCUUGAUCGCCAGCCUGGCUUUGGGAGACCUGUUGCAUAUUAUCAUCGACAUCCCCAUCAACGUCUACAAGCUGCUGGCAGAGGACUGGCCCUUUGGGGCAGGGAUGUGCAAGCUGGUGCCUUUCAUCCAGAAGGCUUCUGUGGGAAUCACUGUGCUGAGUCUCUGUGCACUGAGUAUUGACAGAUAUCGAGCUGUGGCUUCUUGGAGUCGAAUUAAAGGAAUCGGUGUUCCAAAAUGGACAGCAGUAGAAAUUGUGUUAAUAUGGCUGGUCUCGGUGGUUUUGGCUGUCCCAGAAGCUAUGGGUUUUAAUCUGAUCAUCAUGGACUAUAAAGGAAGCUCUCUGCGAAUCUGCAUGCUUCAUCCCAUGCAGAAAACAUCCUUCAUGGAGUUUUACAAGACAGCUAAAGAUUGGUGGCUGUUUAGCUUCUAUUUUUGCUUGCCAUUGGCUAUCACUGCCCUUUUUUAUACCCUGAUGACAUGUGAAAUGUUGAGAAAGAAAAGUGGCAUGCAGAUUGCUUUAAAUGAUCACCUAAAGCAGAGACGAGAAGUGGCCAAAACAGUAUUUUGCCUGGUCCUUGUCUUUGCCUUAUGUUGGCUUCCGCUCCACCUCAGCAGGAUUUUGAAGCUCACUCUUUAUGAUCCGAAUGAUCCAAAUAGAUGUGAACUUUUGAGCUUUUUGUUGGUGUUGGACUACAUCGGCAUCAACAUGGCAUCCUUGAAUUCUUGCAUUAAUCCAAUCGCUCUGUAUCUGGUGAGCAAAAGAUUCAAAAACUGCUUUAAGUCAUGCUUAUGUUGCUGGUGCCAGUCAUUUGAAGAAAAGCAGUCCGUGGAGGAAAAGCAGUCAUGCCUAAAGUUCAAAGCUAAUGAUCACGGAUAUGACAACUUCCGUUCCAGUAAUAAAUACAGCUCAUCCUGAAGAGGAAUAUUCACUUAAUUCCACAGUCUUUCUUUUGGACAGAAGUCAUUAAAACAAUGAUGCUUUUGCCAAAACAAAACAAAACAGCUGUGUUGUCUGCACAAACAAUGUAAAAAUGGGAGAGUGAUUGUUUUCUUAGCAUUCAUUGUUACACAUGACUUUCUACUGGCUGUGCCCAGCAAGAGAAGCAAAGCAGUGAGAAUUGAUAGCUUCACUGUGAAAGCACUUAAUAUUUUACAGAUAGCACUCCUAUCACACUCUUGAUAACUUCCAGAAUAUUCACAAGCCACUUAAGUUUAAAAUGAGUUCACUGAGAAUUCCUGUUAGAGUUUUUUAAUUAGUGACUCGUACAAAGCGGAAAAAUGUUUAAUUGUAAAACAAUUUUUAAAUGCAUUUUAAAUUACUCAAUUUAAACAUUUAAA